GGCGGCUACAACGGCCGCGGCUGCAGUGGUUGAAGCGACUCAAUUGCAGGCUUGCGGCUGCAAGGGCAUCCGGACCUGUCUUAUUUGCGAGAGACAGCGCCACGGGCCCCCGCCUUGGCAGAUCUCCCCUCAGGCUGGGCCGUGGGGCCCCAGGACUCUGACUUUGAAGGUUGGGCCUUCCCGUUCCCGGGAGUGACUCUGCUAGAGGACUUUGUGACCCCAGAGGAAGAGACUGAGAUGGUGCGGCUGAUGGACACUGACCCCUGGAAGCUCUCUCAGUCUGGGCGGAGGAAACAGGACUACGGCCCGAAGGUCAAUUUUCGGAAGCAGAAGCUGAAGAUGGCUGGCUUCCAGGGUCUCCCCAGCUUCAGCCAGAAGGUGGUCCAGAGAAUGGGCCUCUACCGGGGACUGGAGGACUUCCAGCCCGUAGAACAGUGUAAUCUGGACUACAGCCCAGAGCGGGGCUCGGCCAUCGACCCCCACCUGGAUGAUGCCUGGCUGUGGGGCGAGCGGCUGGUGAGCCUCAACCUCCUGUCAGCCACCGUGGUGUCCAUGUCCUGUGAAGCCCCUGGCAGCCUGCUGCUCUGCUCGGCCCCCUCCAUGGGACCUGAUGCUCCUGAGGGCAGCGUCGGGGCCCCUAGCAGGUCUGUCCCCUGCCAGGAGGUGGAGGUAGCCAUCUCUGUGCCCUGCCGCUCUCUGCUGGUGCUCACGGGGGCUGCACGGCACCAGUGGGCACAUGCCAUCCACCGCAGACACAUCAAGGCUCGCCGUGUCUGUGCCACCUUCAGAGAGCUGGCCAGCGAGUUCCUGCCCGGGGGAAAACAGCAAGAACUGGGGCGGGAGCUGCUGCAGGCUGCACUUUCCUUCCAAGGAAGGCCCGUGUGAGCGCGUCCCUGGGGAGCAUGGGCACAAGAGCUGGCACCGGCCUGGCUGGAAACACGGCUCCACCAUAACCAUUAAGGGAGCGAACACUGAGGUCUCUCCACAGCUCAUUAGAGUCAUUGUUUUUUUUUUUUCUUUGAGACAAGGUCUUGUGUAUCCUAGGCUGCCUUCAAGUGGAUUCUGUAGCCAAGGAAGACCUUGAAUUCUUGAUCCUUCUGCCACCACUUCCAGAGUGCCUGGGUUCCUGGUGCGCAGCUGGCAGUCCUGGCUUUAUCAUGGUUGUUUGGUUUCUCUUCUUUUUGAGCAGGGUCUCUGGCCUAGACUGGCCUCAAACUCCCUUUAUAGCCAAGGAUGACUUUGAACUUCUGAUCUGCCUCUACCUCCUGAAUGCUGGGGUUGCCAGUGUGCACCCCCACGCUCAGUUGUUGUUUUUUUUUUUUUUUUUUGGUACUGGGAUAGAACCCAGGGCUUCCUGCUUGCUAAGCAAGUGCUCUGCCAACAAAGCUAUACUCCUACCCUGUUGGGUGUUUUCAGACAAGGCAGGCCUGGACUCACUAUGUAGCCUGUGACCCCAGAUGUCAUGAGCAUCACAUACCCGGCCUGGAGCUGGUUCUGAUGGGCCUGGAUCUUGGAUGCUCUUUGGGUUAUUUAAUUUGUCACAGUUUGGAGGUAUUCGGUCUUUUAAAACCUUAGUAUCCGGGAGAAGCAAGAAGGCUCCGUGGGUAAACGUGCACCACCAAGUCUGACUGCCUGAGUCCAGUCUUUGCAAUCCCCAUGGUAGAGGGAGUGAACCCGCUCCUGAAGUCGUCCUCUGGCCUCCACACACUCACUGCCCCUCUGACAAACUUUAUAAUA